AACACACAAAAUCACUUAAAAUUAAUCCGUACAAACACAUACAAAAAAUGAGCACUUCAUCAGACGACAACAGCCCCCACCGCGGCGGCGGCCGCGCGUCCGAGAAGAAGUACAAGGGCGUCCGCCGCCGCAAGUGGGGAAAAUGGGUGUCGGAGAUCAGAGUCCCCGGCACCCCAGAGCGCCUGUGGCUCGGGUCCUACACCACCGCGGAGGCGGCCGCGGUGGCCCAUGACGUGGCAUUCUACUGCCUCAGAGGGGACUCGUCGCCGCAGAAUCUCAACUUCUACCCCCUGCAGCUGCCCGCCGGGGCCGGCGCCGGAAUGUCGCCCCGCUCAGUGCAGAGGGCGGCGUCGGACGCCGGAUUAGCGACAGACGCGCGCCUGAUCGAUUCGAUGCCCCCCGGAAAUGCGGCGAUCUCGCACGAUAGCUCGUGGCAGCAGCAGCAGACGCGAUCGUCGCUGAAAAACGACGAAUUUUUCGAUAUUUCCGUCGAAGAUUAUCUCUAGCUAGUGUAUGAAUUAUGAUGCAAUGUUUUAAGCUUUAAAUUCAUACAUGCACCAAGAAAAUGUUUGGUUGCUGCUCUGUUUUUUCUUGACAAAAAUAAACUAUGGCCAAAAUUGUUCAUCAAUCAGAAAUUCAGAAGAGCAUUUAAAUU